AUGAAGAAGAAGAGAAAGAAGAGCAUGGCCAUGAUCGUUGUCAAUCUCGAAGAUAUAAUAAAAGCAUCUUGCCGGCAUCUUGCACAUUUCCUGUUCACUGGGAAAGUAUUAUUGAUGUCUUACUAUGGUUGCGUCUGCUUUGGACGCUUUCAUACUGAAAAGAAAGUCAGUAAAAGUACUGUAGCAUCAAAUGUUCCGGCAACACCAAUACCAUUAUGUCCAUCAAAUUUGGACUUUAUGGGAAACUCAUCCAACGUACCAGUAAUAAUACAGGAUAACGCUGUCCCGAUCAGAAACGCAGCAGAUAUUUCUGACUUAAAUGAAAAAAUGCAACAAAUGCUUCGUGUGCAAGCAGCAUCAAAUGUUAUGUUGAAAGAUGUGCAGCAACGGUUAUCAAAGAUAGAAACUGCCAUUAGACGCCGCGCGUUAAGUCCUGCCGAAAUGAAUGACACUCUCAUAGCACCAUUUUUACCGUUACAGACAAUUUCAGUCGUGAAAGAGUUUGAUGACUUACUAAAAGCGUCAGAUGCAGCAGUUAUGCAAUUUGGUAUGGUCAAAACCUCCCUAGAUUUUUGGCUUCACGUCUGGCCAUCUAGCACGUAA